GCAUGAACUCAGCUGAUUACUAAGGCUAAACUCCCGGUAGAUUGCGUUGAUGCAAUUCGGAAAACUUUAAAAAGCAUGACGCAAUUGUUGUUGAGACGACAGUUUGCUGCGGUUCGUUAAACCAGUUUAGAGUGGUGAAAAAUGUCAUUUUAUAAUUAUUUACGAGACCUUUUCAACUUCGGAGGACGAAAAAAUCAACAAAACAACCACUCGCAAUACGGAUUUGAAGACCAGUGGCAACACGGACAUGAGUUUAGGAAUCCAAUCUGGCAGACAGAUGAGGAUGAUGAUGAUGACAACGACGAUUUCAGGCAACGUGGACAGCAAAUCUUUGGCUCCGGACACUUCAACAUUCACAGCAAUCCUUUUGAAAUCACUCAAUACUUUGAACGCCAAAUAGAUGACAUGUUGAAAAAUUUCUUUGGAUUUAGUCAAGAUGGUAUUAUGUUACCGUUCGGUGACAAAGCUCAGGGCCAUUUUCAGGAUUCGAUGCUUAUGGCCCCACCAAAACAAGGAAACUUACGGGAUGAAGUUUUAAAACCAGGUUACGAAAGUCUUGAGUCUAAGAAUUUUCACGCACCUGUCGAAGAAAAAUUGGAUGUUAAUUUGGAUGGAAAGAUUACUAGUGAAGAGUUGUCUCAAGCCUGGAAAGAUCUUUCAUCCUUACAAAGAAAUAAUUCUGGUACUAAUACAUCUCAGCAGCAUCCAUUUUCUUUCCAUUCAUUCGGACAAUCCAUUUCUACAAAAAUUAUUCGCAAGCCAGAUGGAUCUAUUGAACAAUAUCGUACGGUUAGAGACUCUGUAGGAAAUGAGGAAACUACUGUCACACGUCAGAUUGGCGAUAAAUCACAUACCGUCGUUGUAAAAAAAGAGAAAAAUGGGGCGAAAACUGAAACUAACUAUGUGAAUCCCAUCAAUCCAAUGGAACCUAAUCCUGAGCAGACAUUCAUAGGUGUUAUGGAUGAUCAGAGACAGCAGCAGAGUCCUUUAAGCAGCUUUCCAUGGCAUAAGUUUUUUGGUCCUAAAUUGUAGAUUAUAGACUUCUAAUAUAAUAUUUAGGAUCAAAGUGAUGUAAAAAUGUUAUCAAUCUUAAUAGUAUCGAUUAUGUAGUGUAAAUAAAGUUGACUUAUCUCAACUUAUACAAUUACACUGUGGAAGGUUGAAUUACUUGAGAAAAAAACCUUUGUGUUUCAGCUACAAAUUUAUUCACUGCUUUAUAAUCUGUACACCUUACAUAAUUAUAUACAAUCUAAUAAAUCCAUUGGGCUAUUCUGUGUAUAACCGAACCACAUUUCUUCUCAGUAAAAAUAACUCAUUCUAAUCUCAAAAAUAUACUCGUACGAGAAUGGAAUAAUUAGUAUUUGGCCAUUUAUAAAUAAAACUUUUUAUACUGAGAAUAUAUGGUGAAGUAGACCGCAGUCAUGUACAGUGGGUGUCACUUACUACGAUGAGCGCAAGACUCGAUGUCACCUUGAAUGGCCUGGAGAUAUCCACUUCACCGAACAUUUGCAAUAGAACGUAUUAAAAUGUUCAUCAAUCUGAUGAUUAAAUACUUUUAUGUAUACUUAAAAAUUUAAUUACAUGGUUGAGAGUUUAUACAACUACGAUCAAACGAUGUGAAGACACUGCUUAUGAAAUUGAAAUAAUAAAACAUAAUUCUUUUAUUAAUCAGGUAAAGUGGCAACUCUGUGAUAAUUGUAACUUGUUAUUGUAAUGAUUUUUAAUGAAAAUUAUUUAAUGUUACUUAGGGAUAAAUAUUAGCAGUGUUUCAUACGUUUCGAAUCAUGCAACAUCGUUAGUAUCGACAGAUUAAAAAAUGUAUUGUACGAAAAUUAUAAUAUAAUAAGCGAUUGCACAUGUGCAAUAUCUUUUCAUACAUAAAGUUUAGGCACCUCAGUACUCCCAUAAAUACUGUUUUUGACAUACAACGAAACUCGUACGACAUAUACAUAUUAAUAUACUUCUAACAAAAAUACACUAUAUUGUAAUUGAAAAGAGAAUUUACUUGUUAAAUUAUAUUACAAGAUAAAUUUUGAUCACUUUGUAAAUAGGUAUAAUCAAUCAUCUAAAUCGAUUAUUGAUUAGGUUCAGAAAUUUCACAAAAACAAGUAAGUGAAUCAAAAAAUAAAUCCAUAUAGGUGCUUUAUUCCAUUUAAUUUGAUGUAAUAUUAUUAUUAUUAUUUUUUUUAAAUAUAAUCAUAUAUAUCUAUAUAUAUAUAUGUAUACCAUACUAUCGUGAACAAGCGACGAAUUUAUGUUCAAUUUCUAUCUGCCUGUUUGCAACUCAACAGUCAAGCAAAUCAUCAACUAUUUGUUGCCAUCAGUGUUGAAAUAGUUUGUAAGUUCGUUUUUGCUAUUUUGUUCUUAAAGUAACGUGGUUCUUUUAUAUGAAUUAAAAUCUUUUUAUACAGUAGAUAACUAUUUCUUUAAAAGCAUUGCUUGUCAACGGCUUUAAUAUAUGCCACAAAUUAUUGUGUGUAGUUCAAUUAUGUACAAUAUUUAUUAUCAUCAGGAGGAAUCUAUACUUUGGAUUGGUGAGAUAUAGAAAGCGUCAAAUACUGAAUUUCACUAGCGUUCUCAUAUUUUAUUACCUUUCAAUUACCGAAGAUAUAUAAUUUUUAGUUUAUCGAAAAUUCUUAUGCCUUACUGAUUCAUUGGAAUGCAAUUCUGAGUAGGGUUAUGAAGAAAUUAUACUACUUUUAUUUUGGGGUCCUUUUUACUUUCUUUUUGAAGAUCAGAACAAUCACACCAAUUGUAUUUCAAAUUUUGUUAUUUUUCUCGAUUUUUGACAAUUUCUACAUGAACCAAUCACAAUCCCUCAGCAUUUGGCAAUGUCUCCCAAGUACUCUAACUUGAGACAAAUCGCGCCAAAUUUUGGCUACCACAGCUAUGUAUUUUAUUUCCAAAUGAUCUAUAGUCAAAAUGCAACGAUUGUAGAAAAGUUUAGACCAGUCUCUAGAAUCACAGUUUCUCUAAUCUAGGGCAGAUUAAAAGUAAAAGGUAAAGAGUAUAAGUUGAAAAGAUUUGAAAUAACAUGAUUUUGAGCAAAUAACAAGAAA